AUGUCUGGCCCUUCUGAAAAUGUCUUUCAGCCUCAUCUGCAUUCUACGCGGUCAUUUACCAGAAUGGACAGCUCAGAUGUGAAAAUCUCUGUUGAGGAUUCGAAGCCACCUCUGUCGUCACCAGUCAAUGAGGGGCAGGUAAAUGGACCUGAUGUGUUCGAAAGACGGGGUUCCGCAGACUCGAGCACUGCAGGCGAUGGGCAGACAGACGAAGGGUUUGUCCUUUCACGCAGCCUGCAUGAUCCCUCGGAGGAGCUUCCGAUUGAACUAGUCAGUCUCGCAGAUCGGUUUGUUAAGUCACUGAGCGCCAAAGUACACAACUCGCCUCCCACGAUCGAUAAGAUUUCCGAGCUAUUUCAAGUCUUCUAUAGCCGCGCCGAGUCCCACAUCGGCACCCACAUAUCUGCCCUUGCCACUCGUAUCAACCGGGAGCUUUUGCCUCAGCUCCCUGCAAAACCUACGCGGGGAAAUCCCCUGUCAAAAUUAAGCAGCAAACCUUCUCAGGAUGAUGUCAAGCAAGCGGGCUCAGGUCGCCAAAUGUUGACCGCGUCGGAAGUAGCUGAAAGGCGGAAGGCUCGUAAGGAUCUUGAAAGCAAACGAAGUGCCUUGGAGGAGGCCGCAGAACGAAGGGUCUGCGAGCUAGUUUACGACAAGAUCUGGAGACACGGAAGCACACUGGAUGAUGUGCGGGAUGAAAAGUUGCGGUCCAAAACCGCGGCUUUGCUCUUGGUUGGAAUUAACUUGAAAGAUCUCGGGAUCGAUCUAGAUCUCGAAUCAAUCGAUGAACAGAAGCAAGACGAGGCGAACGAGUUUCUUGCUCAAGCUCGAGUAUAUCUCACCAAGAUGAACGAUUAUAAAUACCCUCUUGGAAAGCUUCAACAGCUUGCAGCGGCCCACAAGGCUAUCGUUGACGCACUCACUAAGCUCCUGCCGUCUUCUUCGUCCGCAGAUGAGAUCCUACCAACUUUGAUCUAUUUACUUGUGACUUGCCCCCCUGAAGGAAUAAACAUUAUCAGCAAUCUAGUAUUCAUCCAGCGGUUCAGGUCAUCAAGCAAAGUUGAUGGAGAGACCGCUUAUUGCUUGACCAACCUCGAAGCCGCGAUAAGCUUUUUAGAAAACGUCGAUCUUUCUACAUUGCGCGCCGAUGAACUGCAGGAUGGCCCUCUCAAAACCCCCGAAACAACAACGCCCUCUUCAGAACAUGUUGAUCCUUUCCGGCCAUCCAAAGAGACUGCAACAUCAUCUUUAACAAUUGUAUCUGCAUCGCCGGAAUUGUCAAAGCCAGAAAUUAAAGAGCCUACCGCGUCGACAUUACCCAGACCCCGCCUCGCUACCACGCCACAGCAACGACGUCUCAGCAACCUUUUCCAGCCCCCUGCCAAAGUACUCGGGGCUGCAAAUGAUGCCGUUCGAACCACUGCGGAUCAAGGUUUGAAAAACAUCGGUGCUACCUUGGACAGCAGUUUCAACUUUCUUUUUGGUCGUUUAAAGGAAAUGCAAAGUAACCAACCACUGGAGGGAAAUGGGCCUGUGCUUCCAAAGACAUUGGCCGAAGCUCGUCGUCUAGUGACCCUGCCGCCUGCUUCUGCAACCAACCAAAUUCUGACACAGGGAGAAUUGGCAGCGAUCAACUCUGUUUCUGUGGACGAAAGCACGCCUCUGCGCAGCAGCUCAAGGCUCACAGAGCCCUCCAGCGGUGGUCCUACCCCUCGUGACCGGAGUGUGGACAGUACCCGAACCCAGGGCAGCGGCAAAAAGUCCAUCACUACAUCGCUGCGCGAAGAGUUUGCAAAUAAUUCGCCGAUCAGCCCAACCCCCCUAGAAUCAAUGCGAAGCUUUGGCAACACGCUCAACCCUCUGAACCACAUUCCGGGCAUGAUGAAGAGCUUUAGCCGCAACAUGCCAGAGACUCCCACGGGUAACUCCGUAUCCCCUUCUGGGCUUGACCGGUUUAAACCAUCGCCUGCUUUGACUGAAGGCGCCAGUAGCGCAGCCAGCCCGCUCCCUAAUUCUUCAUUGAAGAUCGAUCCUCCAAUUCAGCGUUUCCUUGAGACACAAGACGUGCGCGAUCUCCGUAUCGGGGAUGUGGCUCUUCUGCUAGAAGAUUAUAAGAGACUUGCCGCAGCUCUCUCCAAACCGUAA